AAAGAUUUCAACUCAAGAAUCAAAAUUCAGAAUCUUUUUUUUAGAAACAACACUUUUACUUUAGCUUUCACUGUUAAAUUAAGCUUCAAUUUAUUGAUGCUAAGCUUCAAGGUUUAGUGAAGAUGGGUUCCUUGGCUAUAGUUCCUCUAGUACCUUCUAAACCCAGACCUUCUGUUUUUGAACAGAACACCCCUUUUUCUCCUUCUAAAACAAAACCCAGGAAGACCAACCUCCUAUCUUUUAGUCCUGUGGCAAGAUUAUUUGGGCCAUCAAUAUUUGAGGCAUCAAAGUUGAAGGUUUUAUUUGUAGGAGUUGAUGAGCAGAAGCAUCCGGGUAAAUUACCGAGGACUUAUACACUAACGCAUAGUGAUGUUACUGCCAAGCUUACUUUAGCCAUCUCUCAAACAAUAAAUAAUUCGCAGUUGCAGGGAUGGUCCAACAAAUUAUACAGAGAUGAAGUGGUAGCAGAAUGGAAGAAAGUUAAGGGAAAAAUGUCUCUUCAUGUUCAUUGUCAUAUAAGUGGAGGCCAUUUUCUAUUAGAUUUAUGUGCUAGGCUGAGAUAUUUCAUCUUCUGCAAAGAACUCCCUGUGGUACUGAAAGCCGUUGUCCAUGGAGAUGGGAAUCUGUUCAACAACUAUCCAGAAUUAGAGGAAUCAUUAGUUUGGGUUUAUUUCCAUUCCAACUUACCAGAAUUCAACAGAGUGGAAUGCUGGGGUCCACUCACAGGAGCAGUAGCAUCUUCUAGUGGGCUAUAUGGGGCCCAGAAUGAGAACAAUGAGCAAGCAAGUGAAGCAAGUAAUUGGGAAUUACCUGUGCCAUGCCAAGACAAAUGUGACUGUUGUUUUCCCCCAAUCAGCUUAGUUCCAUGGGCACACAAGCCUCCAUUGGAUCCUCAAAAUAGCCAAAGGGCCCAGCAAAGCUUUGGACAAGCACCUCAAAAGAACUAGAUUUGUAAAUCAUUAUGUUAAAAAUUGAUGAUAGAUUCUUAUGUAGACCCGGUUUUUAAAGAUAUAUCGACCUAAUCAAUUAAAUGCUAAUAUUUCAUUAGUUCGGAAUCGGUCAAAACUGAAGCAGGGCGAAAUGGGUAUUGGAACUGCGCAUCUUUUACGGACUAGAUCUAGGUAAGAAAUUUCCGUGAUUGCACAUGUAUAUGUAUAUAUUUGGUAGAUUGUGAAUAUAAAAUGGAUUGUAAUUUGUCUAUAAAAGACGGAGCAUUUCUCAUAGAAAUUAGAACCCCAACAUGGGGGAAAUGGCGGAUCUAUCAAUUGGUCCCUUAGUAAUUGAUUAUUUGCGGUGCAGACGUUAUUUUGUAAACCCUAGUUUUUUUUUCCAUGCCCAUUAUUAUUUAUUUUAUUGUAGGGAAAAUAAUUGAGAUUAAUAUUACAAGUUUAUGAAAUAUAUAAAAUUUAAA